GCACCGGCGACAUCUUUUUGAUAAAAUGUAACAUGCAAGAGUUUGAAGUAAUCGUUUUUAAUUGGAAUAGGAAUCUAAGUUCAAUUGCUAUUGAACACAAAGUGAAACUAAUUACAAGUUCAAGCUUUGUUCAAGUUCCCAAAUGAGUGCCGGUGCCUCGUCACGUGACAGACCGGGCCCAAUCGGCCCAAUCCCGUGUAAGGCCAUGGUGACAUGUUGUUGAUGCGAGGGAUCCGAUGCUUGGAGCAGCUGAGCGCCGAAAAGCGGGAAUAUUUCGGUAUAAUUCCUAGUUCGAAGCCGCUUUUGCGUCGGUAACCCGCCCGUCGGGACCCCGGAGUCGUCGGCACGGGAACCACAACGAGUCCGCGAUGGCUUCUGACGAGCCGCUGUACCUGACAGUGGGCACGGAUGUCAGUGCCAAGUACCGGGGUGCCUUUUGCGAGGCCAAGAUAAAGAAGGUCAACCGCAUGGUCAAGUGCAGGGUGACCUUCAAGAAUAAUCAUGGCACCCACGUCAUACCCGACGACCACAUCAAGGGUGGGACCCUGCGGGUCGGGGCCCACGUGGAGGCAAAGCAUCCGGACAAGAACCAGUUUUUCGACGCGGUCGUCGGGAAGCUCCUGGACUACAGCCAGUACACAGUCGUGUUCGACGACGGUGACGAGACGACGCUGAGAAGGACGUCGCUAUGUCUGAAGAGCGGACGGCACUUUGCAGAGAGCGAGACUUUGGACCAGCUUCCCCUCACCAAUCCGGAACACUUUGGCACCCCAGUCAUGGGAUCCAAGUUCAAGCGGAAGCGAAGAUCCGUGCUCUCUGCCGCGGCUGUCAUGGAAGACGACAGUUCCGAAGACGAGGCUUUGCCCACUCCGACACCGCCCAAGAAGUCGGGGGGCGGCGGGCGUGGCGAAAGGGGCGGGUCCUCUGCCAGCUCCGCCACUUCGACGGGCGGUCGCCACGGCAACGCGACGGCGGCAUCGGUGGCGGCGGCGUCUUUGUCCUCCCCGUCCCUGCCGGACUGGAGCGUGGGCCGUGUCGGCUGCCUGGACGUCGGGGACAAGCGCAAGCGGGAUUCCUGGGUUCCUGUCCUGGUAGUGUCUCCAUCCGCCACUGGGAGCACCGGUGGUCAACUUGGGAGGGACGAGCUGCUCGUGAGGUCGUUCCGCGACAGCAAGUUCUUCCAGGUGACCAAACGGGAGCUACGGGAGUUCAGCCGGGACUCCAGCGCGCGGGUGGAGAGCAACGCCCUGCGUUCGGCGGUGGACCGGGCCCUCGCGUUCCUGGACCAGCGGGUGCUGCCCCCAAACUGGGACCAGCAGGAACUGCUUCCGAGGAACCGCACGCCCGAAGCGUCCUCGCCCGCCGCCGCUGCAGCAGACGAAGACGAGCAGGACUCUCAGUCGGAUGUAUCUGACGACGAACCGAGCGAAGAAAAGGACCGCUUUGUGGCUCAGCUGUACAAGUUCAUGGACGAGCGAGGGACCCCCAUCAACAAGGGCCCCGCGAUGGGGGGCCGGGACCUGAACCUGUACCGGCUGUUCCGGGUGGUGGGCAAGCUGGGGGGCUGCAACCGGGUCACCAACCACAACCAGUGGAGGGAUGUGUACCGCAGGCUGGGCCUGCCUGCCCCUACCCAGGCCAACACCAACCUGCUCAGGGGGGCCUACAAGAAGUAUCUGCAGAGCUUCGAGGACUUCUACCGCAAGCUGGGGUGCACCAUGGUGUCCAACCCGCGGUCUGGAAGGGUGCGGCACCGGUCGGACCGCAUCAUGACCCGGAACCAGGACCGGGGGCUGGCGCUCUUUGCCCGGAAAGAGAAAGAGAAGAAAGAAGACAAGGCCAAAGAAGAGGACAAGGAAGAAGACAAGAAAACAAAGGAGAAGCCUGCUCCCCCCGCCGCUCCGACCGCUCCGGCUGCCGCGAAAGAAGAACCGGCCGCCGAGAAGCCCCGUCCGUCCCGCGCCAUCCGGGCGUCCGGCGCCAAGGCCGACGAAGACAGCAGCAGCGGAAGCAGCUCCGCGUCUCCAGCGCCCGCGAAGUUGUCUGCUGCGACAAGCGCGGAUGACACAAAGGUGCGGACUCGCGAGGACGCACGACGGGAGAAGAACGAGAGCCCAGACAAGCGCGAGUCGAGGUCGUCGAGCGGGAACGCGGCGUCUUCAAGGAAAGGGGAGAGCGUCGAGAGGUCGCAACCAGAUGCCACCGCGGAGGAAGCCAGCCCAGACGACAGGGCUCCGCCGAGAGCGGUCAAGGUGAAGCGUGAGGAAGGAGAGACUGCCCCCACGCCACCUGCGCUCAAACGACAGAUGAAGAAGAGUAAACCAGACGAUUCGGCAGAACGGGAGAAACAGGAGGACGACAGUCUCUCUGAAGGGAUGGAGGGAUGCGGAGGUGCCCCGGGCCAGAUGUUCCCUAGUGCUGCGCCGUCUUCCUCGACGGAGUCCGAGCCGCGGUCCGAGUCCCGGGGUGAAGGCGGGGAGCCGCCGCAGCGCCGCUGGUCGCUGGACGUGAGCAUUGACGUCGGGGACCGAGUGAAGGUCAAGUAUGGGCGGGGACGUCAGUUGAAGAUCUACGAGGCCAAGGUGCUGCGCAUCGAGGAGGAGGCCGGUGACAAGAAGUUCUACGUCCACUACACCGGAUGGAACAUGAGGUACGACGAGUGGGUUCGGAAGAACCGGAUCGUGGAGAACGUGACGGACAAGACGGCUCGGCGCAAGCGUCUGCAGAAGGAGCGGCAGGGUGCCGAAGGAUCGCAGCCGCAGCAGAAGUCCAACAGCGGCGGAUCGUCCCCACCGACCGCUCCACCCGGCGGGGGUGGAGCAUCGUCGGACACGGGCUCUGCCUCCAAGAAGGGCGGAGUUCGCCGGGGUCGCCCCCCAAGUGUCUCGGGCAGCCGGUCCCAGCAGGGUGGAGCCACGCAGGCUCCGCCUCCGGCCCAGCCCCCAACUCCACCUCCCCAGAGCCGGCCCCCUUCGCUGACUGGCAUGCCCACCAGGGCCACUCGUUCGGAUCGGGGAGUCCUGUCGGAGUGCCCGUUUGCCGGGGGCCUGGAACCAAGGAGGCGGAGCCGGAGGAAGUCUGGCACACAGUCUCCGCCCGACGGAGACGACGAAGACAUUUCGGGGGAAGACGAGGCGAUGUCCGAACGCAGCCACGCUUCUGUCAAGGUGGAGCACGAGCAGUCUGACGAAACCGAGAAAGGCACGUCCGUCACGGAUUCCAGUGAAGAUGUUCCCCCUCCAUCAGCGGCUUCUAAGAGUUUCCACGAGUCCGAAGUGGUCCGUGUCAAAGAGGAAGUCGUCGAGGAAACAGAGAGACCCGAAUGCGACGAUGAAGACACCGACAUCGAUGAUGGAGGAUCUAUGGCGCUCGCGUUCACUCCGCCGCCACCUCCGACCCGCAGCCAUCGCAAGCGGAAGCGCAAGUCCAGGCUGAAAGACGACGAAGACGGAGAGGAGGACGGUGACGAGAGCGAGGAGGAGGAGGCGGAAAGCCAGCUGCCCGUCGAAGAAGAACCGGAGCCUGCGUCGAACGAAGCCGAGGAACCCAAGGUCGACGAGGGAAUAGCGACGGCGGUAGCAGACGACGAAGAUAGCCUCUUGGAUGAGGGCAGUCUCGUCAUCUUCGAGGAGGAGGAGAGCAAGAAGCCUGAGGAGAAAGAGGACGAAAUCGUCGAGGCUCCUUCUGAAGCAACCGUCGACGCGACAGAAGAAGAGGAAGCAGAAGAGGCGGACGCAGUCUCCGUAGAGGUGGAGGCAGAGACGGAGCUUCCGGCUCCGCGUCAGGUUGUGCCCGUGACGAGAGUUAUCACCAUAUUUCCGCCGCCCGCGGAAGUGGAGGUCGGGAGGGAGGAGCAGGCGCCUCAGGCGGCUCCGCCCCUGGAGAAAGAGGACAAGGAAGAAGAAGAAGAUUUGCAGAAAGAAGCCGCCUCGCCGUUGGCCGAACCGGACCACGGUAGCGCAGAGGAACUGGCGGAAGAUGCCAUAGAGGAUGUGCUCUUGCUUCCACCGUCCCUGGUUGCAAGGGAGGGUCCUGAGAGGGACGCUCUCCUGGCGCCAGAGAACAGCCUUCCGGCGUCCGAGUUCGAGGUCUGCAAGGUGGAAGAAGAAGAAGAAGAAGAGGAGGAGGAAGAUGAAGAGGCAGAAGCCGUGCCGGCUAGCCCUAACAUGGCAUCGGUCGAGCCGGCGGUCGAGAAGGACGCGGAUCCUGCAGAGUCAGGUUGCCGGAUCGAGUUCGUCAAGGAGGAGUCAGAGUCGGCGUCGACGCAGGACUUCUUCAAGGUGGCGCUGCUGACAUCCAGCGACGACGGGAGCAGCUCCAACGCGCUGAGGGUCGUCGCAGACGAGGAGGUGAGCAGCAACGAGGUGGCUGCAGAACCCGUGGAGUUCCCGUCGGUCGGAAGCGAGGACGCAGUUCUCGCGGCUGUGGAGGUCGAGGUGGGUCCGCCAGAAGCCGCAGCGGAGUCUCCAGCGAAGAAGGUGGUGAAAAAGAAGUUUGGCCGUGGGGGGCCGAAGAAAUUCGACGUUCCGGAGGCGAAGCUGAAGGGCCGCAAGAAGACAAAGGUGGCACCGGACGGAUCGCCGCUCAAGUCGCCGCGGAUGAAGAAGUGCCGGAAGGGAAUGUCGCCCGCAGCGGAAGGUGAGGAGGACAAGCCAGUCAAGAAGAGGCGGAGCAAGUUUAAGUGCGGUCCCGGCGGCGCGUUGGCCGCCGGUGCGGACUCUGGGGAAGACAAGUCGGCGUUAAAGAAGGAGAAGCGGAAGAUGCGAAAGGGUCUUGGGAAAGACGGGGUCUCAACAGAGGGAGCGCUGAAGAAGGGCCGUCGGCGAAAGUUCUCUACGACGCGCGACGACGUGGAUUCGGAGGAUGACGGCGGCAUUGAGCGGACCUUCGCAGGGAAGAUUAAGCGGGACAAGCGGAAGGCAGUGGCGGCCCCAGUCGCCACGCUGAUCGCGAUCAGGCCAUCGCCACCAUCGUUCCACCAUGACUACCUCUCGACGCUCGCGGAAGUCUGCGGGCAGGAAGUUGAGAUGAAGACGACGGCCGGCACAGACCUGCACGCUGAGUCUGCGGACUCGCUGUUCCUCCUGUGCGAGGAGAAAGUCCCGGCGAGCCCGGUCCGCGAGGGAGACGACGAGCUUGCGGGUCACUCGUCGCAUCACCAUCAUCACCACCACCACCACCCACAUCAUCACCACCAGCCCCAUCAUGCUCACUCACAUCACCAGCAGCAACAGCCGCAGCGUCCGACCAAAAUGGACAUCUUCACGUCGGUCGCGGAAGCGGCGCUGGCCGGUCCAUCCAACGCAGAUCCCUCAGCACCCGUCUUGGACAACACUCCGCCGACAACGCCGGACGGAAGCGGAGGCGCAGAUUCGUCGUCACCCGGCGUCUCACCGGCACCGCAACGCCGCGAUACAGCGAUCGCCGCGUUCCACGGGACGCUGGACGGCGAGAGCACAAUGUCUGCGGACUCGGAGGACAACAACAGCCGAGGGUCCGCAGACGGGCCGGUCUCAGGGUUUAAGAGGGACGAGGACGAUGACUCGUCAUCGCGUACGACGGACAGCGCGUCGUCAGGCGAGCCGGGGCGGAAAGAGGGCGGAACCAAGAGGCGGGACCGGGAGGAGGAGGCGGGGCUUUUGGGGCACGGCAAGCGGGCGAAGAAGGCGGCGCGGAAGGGGACGAUUUCCGGAGCGGACGACGGCGCCAGGGUGCGGCAGCACCAGGCGAUGGCCUCGGCUCGGAGCGCUCGAGAGCUUCUGGCAGGAUCGCAGAUCUCGGAAGGUGGCGGCGCUCCGAUGUCGGCAGGCAUGUGUUCUCUCGGUGCCACCGCAGCCAGCACCACCUGUCAUCGACCGUCCAAGUUCACUUUCGACCACCCUCUCGACGAGGGACUGGAUGCGGAGAAGCGGAUAUCCGUGCUGCAGGACCGUCUGACGGAGCUGCGCAAGGUGUACCUCUCCCUCAAGGCCGAAGUGGCAGUCAUCGACCGGCGACGCAAGCGUGCUCGGAAAAAGGAAUCAAGCACCCCUGCGUCGUCGAUGACCCCAACCGUGCCGGUUUCGCAGCCCCCAACAUCGUCUUCAUCGUCGUGCUCUCCCGCACCUCACCAGAACGUUCAACUCGAAGUACAGUGCUCCUAACAUUCGGCAACCUUGCCUGCCUUUCCCCGUUUUUCCCUACCCAUCCCCAGAUGACUUUACAGAGUGUUGCCUAGGGGUGUCACUCGUGGUACUUUGCACGUGGACAAGCCUCGCAUCGUCACACCCUUGUCAUGAUUUUGUCAACAACCCUUUCAUGCAGUGACAUUCAAUGGUCCUGUUGAAUUUCAUCUGUUGAAAUUUAUUUUUCUUUUUCCUAAACAAAAUUGCUUUUAUUUCUUUUUUCACCCCACAACCUCCCCAGAUUGUGUACUGCAAGCUGUAAUUUCCUAGAAGAGAUCUGGAUGAAUCUCUCACUAAUUCCCUAGAAAAAUCUAGAGAACCCAUCUAACCUCCAUCUUCUCAAGCGAUUUUGAAGGCGGAAUCUAAAAACGUGGGACUCUCGUUUGAAUACCAGGCUCAUUACAUUACCAUUGUCAUUUAUAAUAUUAUUAAAGAGGUCAGUGCACGUUGAUCGGUGCUAGCAAUUAAAUGUUGCGGUCUGCAGUGCGAUGCCCGGCAGUUUUUGGAGAGGAGUAGUUAUAGAAGUUGAAAGAUGGUUCUUGGCAUGUAUUUGAAGAAUAAGUUUUUUUUUUUUUUUCUGCAGAAGCUGUUGUAUGAUUUGGGUGGCAACUUUUUGGUCAACAGAGUUGUGUUGUUGACGGGCACGCGUGUGGUGACCGUGCUAAGCAAUAGCAGCAUACAAAAGCAGCCCUGUCAUGUUUUUUAAGUUGUUUUUAUUUAUAUAGUUUUAGGCAGGCAUCUUUUACCAUCGACAGUGGCAUGCAUUCCUUCCUUGCAGCCGAGACCGCGCUUGACUCUUUGUCUUUCCAAGUUUGUUGGCGCAGUGGCAGGUGCUCCUUUUGGGGAUGGUCCUAGUAAAUUAUUUCAAACAUUUGGCUGUACACCCUACAUCUUCACACGGACCAGUUCCACAAUGUGGAGCGGUGCUCUCUCGAAACGUGGCACAAUUUAACGUUCGACGUAAAACGGCGUACCUACAAGCCCGACAGUUUAUGUAAUUGCAAAGAAAAGAUCACACGACUUUAACACGGUGCCCACUUGCCUUAGCGCUCGGGUUCUGUUCGGGAAAGUUUAACUUACCGUGCAUAUUUGUGAAGAGUGUGAUGCACUUUAUUUCCUUUUUUUUUCAAAUGAUAAGUUUAGUGCUAAAUUGCCACAUCUUUUUCUUUUUCCAGCAUUGUAGUGUUGGAAAACAAUUUACCUUUCAAGGUGCAGCGUGUUUGUGUCACCUCAUCUUCAUUAACUUUUUGUCUGCCAUUACGGACGCUUCACUAAUUUAUCAACUUUCGACACUGGCACUGUGCUGGAAGUGAGAAUGUCUCAGAACCGACGUUGGUAGUGUUUUUUUGGAUCUCAAGCGCUUCCUUUGGUCCAAGCAGAAUGUAGGAUCCAAGAAGUUUGCGCCUUGUAAAGCACUGCGAAUUCUCUGCAUUUGUCGGCUUUUCUCUUUUUUCAUUUUGUCACGACCGGGACAAAUGCACAUGUAUGCAAAAGCGCUAGUGAAAAAAAAAAAAGAUACUGUGACGAUUCACUUUUUUUGUUUUUAGUGCCUGUAAAUAUUUUGUAAAGAAGCAAGGUUGUUGUAUGCGUAAGUGUCUGUAAGUCGAGAGUACGUAGUUUUUCAGUUUCGCUUUUUUGUAAAAUGUGAUUUUCAGUGCACCUUUUUUUUUGUUCUAGAUUUGUCGUAUCGUCGCAACACUACGGGUUGUGACUUUCUUGUACAUUAUUCUGAUCCUGCUUGCCAUGCUUGCAGUCUACUUUUUUUUUUCUUAAUUUGCUUGUUGAACUUCUGUUAUAUCAACACGGCAGAAGAAGAAAUUUUUUAAAAUGUAUUUUAGAUUGGUGCGCAUAUGUUUAAUAAAUAUACAUGAAUGCUUAGGUAUAUAUACAUACAUGUUAUAUGGGCUAAUAACCGUGCAAAUAUAAGCUUUUCUUGUUCUGUCCCCUUUUUGUCUGUCUUAUCAGCCGAUGUAUUCACUUCCUUGACACUUGUUGCCAGCAAACUGCAUAAAAUAAACAGUUUAUCCCAUCA